GUAAACAACACCAGCUUCUCUGUAUACCGCCCACAUCUGAAGGAUAAGGCGCCAACAACGCGUACGCUUCGCUGCCGUGCCUUCUUCAAAAUGUCCAUUCCGGACGGCAUCAACACAUUCCAAGGUCGACUUGACACGUUUGCGCAACCACAUCAUCUCGCCAAGAGACGCGCAUCGUCGACGAAGAAGAAGGGCCCAAGUGCCGUGUCGUGGCCGCAUAGCAAUCCUCUCCCCAAUGACCUCGCGCGCGCUGGCUUCUUCUACCGGCCGAGUGCUGAAUCCGAAGACAAUUGCGAAUGUUUUCUUUGCCACGUCAAGCUGGAUGGCUGGGAGGAGGGCGAUGAUCCAAUCGAAGAGCAUCUGAAGCACUCGCCCAGUUGCGGGUGGGCACUGAAUGUUUCGAUACAGCGCAAAUUCAACAAUGGCGAGACAGUCGACGCAGAUCCAUUGAGCGAACAAUUUGUACAGGCUCGGACCCAUACUUUUGGCGAAAACUGGCCGUAUGAGUCGCGAAAAGGCUGGAAGCCGAAAAUUGCAAAAAUGGUGGCUGCUGGUUGGACAUAUGAUCCAAGCCCCGAGUACGAUGAUGGCGUGACAUGCAUGUACUGCAACCUCUCACUGGACGGCUGGGAGCCGAAAGAUGACCCCUAUGCUGAACACCAAAAACGAUGUCCUGACUGUCCGUUCUUCACUCUAGUUGAUGAAUGGGCAGACGCGCGAAAACAAGCAAAAGGACGGAAAGGCAAAGCACGCGCAUCUAGAGGCUCAAAAGCGUCGCGAUUAUCAACGCAGUCGGUCAUCUCAAUUGCGUCAGAAGCACCGACACAGCUCUCACUUGGCGAUCUGGAUGAACCUGCUGCAGAGGAAGAUAGCGUAUUAACGACAGCAACAAAUGCUACGGUUGGCUCGACUACUGGAAAGGGUAAGAAGAAGGCAUCGAUGAGAGGUCCUAAGAAAAGCACACGUGGCAAGAAGGCUGCCGCACCGGUCGAUGAUUUGGUCAUGGAGACUGAUCCGCCCAGUCAUAUCGAGGAGGCUUCGAUGGCGGAUAACACUGUGAAGCCUACGCGAAAGACGACCCGAAGCAAGAAGGCAGCUGCCGUGGAAGAAUCUUCAAAAUUGGACACAGAUCAGUCUGCUCAGAUAGAACACCCCACGGUAAUAGAAGAACAGCCGAAGAGACAGACGCGCCGGAAAGGAAGCAAGUCAGAAAAGCCUAUUCCCAUUGAAGACACGUUGAAUGCGAGCGAAAACAAAAGACCAACACGAGGCAGGCCAGCAGCAGUAGCAGGUAAGCAGCAAGCGAGGAUGAGCGAAGACGAAAGCCAGUUGCACUCCGAGCUGCAGGCCGCAGUUGAUGCCAGCAUUAUGCCCACACAGCACUCAGGAAGGCCAGCCCGUGGUGUAAAGAGAACUAGCGAUGGCGCACUGAAGGUGGAAACGUCCAUCGCGCCAAGUGAAGAACCAGUGGAUUCGGAGACCCAGAAGGCGAGACCAAAGCGGGGACGCAAGCCAAAACCCGCUGUUGCCGAAGUCCAAUCGCAAGAUGCAUCUCAACCGCUAUGUUCAGAUAUAAUCGAGCCCGAACAGCACGUAAGAUCUAUGUCCCAGGUUCAGUCAAAGGCACCUAAAGGCAAGAAGGGCGCAAAGGUUGCUAACACUGAGCCUGAGCCUGAAAUGAACGAUCAAACCGGGGAAGAGCAAAACGUUCAAUUACUUGCAGAGGAGCGUGAGGAGGAGUUUGACUUCGCCGAGUCUCUUGUCAAUCCCAUCAAUCCGUACGCACCUAUCACAGGCACACCAGAAUAUAGCCCUGGAGAAGCAUCUCCCGCGCCAUCAACACCUACCCCGGUUCGAACUCACCAAAGUAUUGCGUCCAGCCGCCCUAUCCUUGCACCUCCCACUUCAUCCGCCGAGCGUGCUGUAUCCAACAAAGCUACGACGCCCAUCUCGUCUCCAAACUCUUCGGAUGCAGAGAACAGACCUCCGUCUUCGCGUCCUCCUUCUACACGUCCGCCCCUUUCUGUACAACGCCAACCUCUAGCUUCAGGUACACCCAGCUCUAAUCUUCAACUCAGUCCUUCCAAACGCGUUAUCGGUGGUGGUGGCCUGAAAAGCAUACUUCCCUGGUCACCCAUAGAUUUGGAGAACAUUUUCCUGAACUCCCCUGUCAAACGCAAUUAUGGGCUCAGUAUGGAGAAGGAAAACACGCUAAACAUGCCGGAUGUUGACUUUGAGCACCUCACGUCUUCCAAAGCGUUGAAGGAAGUUGUGGAAAGAGUAAGACGGGUACUGGGGCAGGACGAGAGAAAGAUGACGGUCGAACAGUGGGUGCGGUGGAAUGCAUCCAUCGGAGAGGAGAGGUUGAGGAGGGAGUGUGAGAGUUUAGUCAUGCUUUUUGAGCAGGAAGGUGGACGGGCGUUGAGGUCUUUGGAAGGAAUUGAGUGUGCUCCAUAAUGACUUUACUAGCUUCUUAAUCGCUAGCAUGCCGCUUUUUUGCUUAGUGGCCUUUAGUUGUGCAUGGUUUGGCGUUCUGGUUUACAUCAGUGCCUUGGAUGCAUAGUCCCUUGGCUUCUAGAUACGUGUAGCGGAAUUGCAACGAAUUGAACGAAACCCUAAUCGUUCGGAUAUGAACUUGGUUAUAUUUCAUU